AGCUCAUUCCUGGAUUUGGUCAAAGGUAUGAAUUUGCUUUGCCGAAGACUGAGCCGUCGAGGACUUUGAACAACUCUACUCAAAUUCAUAUUUUUUUCUUCAAGUAAUGGACAUUUGAUUACUAUUUUUGCCUCCAGUUUGUUCCCGAAGGAAAGGCUAGCGUUUAGCUAUCACAGCCCCACCCAUAAGAAGUAUUUCAGUUAAUAUUAAAACCAUGAAGGUUGACGAUAUAAAAUUUAUGAAAUAAGAGAUAUAAGUGCCUGAAAAGCACACUCUAAUACACCCGAGACGCUGAGGAUCUAUAGUGUCAAUAACAUGGCAGGGGGACCAGUGGACCCCAGAGAGAUUAUGAAGGGUGUGGAGGCUCUGCUGGGGAAGGAUGGAGAGCUCCGCAGCCUGGAGGGCGUCCCAAAGGUGUAUAGCCUGAUGAAAGCUUCUACCAAGAUGGUCAGUAGAUGUAUGUACCUGAGCAUCCUCCUGCAGACCAAAUCCCAUGAUGUUCUUAACAGGUUUAUACUAGUUGGUGGCUACAGGAUGCUCAACUCCUGGCUCACCUACUCCAAAACCACCAACAACACCCCCGUGCUGCAGCUCAUCCUGCUCACACUGCAGAAGCUGCCUCUCAAAGUGGAUCACCUCAAACAGAACAACACGGCCAAGCUGGUCAAGCAGCUCAGCAAGAGUGGAGACACCGAAGAGCUGAGGAAGUUGGCGUCCGUGCUCGUAGAAGGCUGGAUGGCUACAAUCCGCUCCCAGAGUGUCUCGAGCAGCGGCAACUCUCCUGCUGAUAAGAAAAAGAAGAAAGAGGAGAGCAAGGUGGUUUUGCGGGAGAUGAAGGAAAAGACCGCCGAUGAGGAGAAGAAGAAGGAGAAACCUAAAGCUCAUGCGCCCAGCCACACAAAGAUUCGCUCCACAGGAUUGGAGAUCGACACUCUCAACCCAACCCCUGCUAAGAAGACGCCCACUGCCCCACAGCUGGGGGACAAGUACAACAUCAAGCCUCCAGUCCUCAAGAGGCCAUGCUCUGGUCCAUCAGAUGCUCCACCUCUGGAGAAAAAAUACAAACCACUAAAUACUCCCACCAACUCUGCCAAAGAGAUCAAAGUCAAGCUCAUUCCAGCACAACCUAUGGAGUGCACUGGGUUCCUAGAUGCUCUGAACUCUGCUCCGGUGCCUGGGAUCAAAAUCAAGAAGAAGAAAGCCAGUGCUACUUCUCCAGCUAGUACCAAGGCUGUGUCCCCUACGUCCAACAAGGCAAAUCCAUUUGACAGCAAACCCUCAGUGUAUUCUUCAUCUUCUACUAAACCAUCAUCUCCAGAAAGUGCUGCUUCCAUCGUUACUGCUGAAGAAAACCAGGAGCCGGAGCAGCCUGGGACCCCCGUUCCCUCUGAGGAGACUGAGGUCUCCGACAGCGGUGAGAAGCCUAAUGCUCUGGCAGAACCUCGUGGGGAUGAAGAGAGCUUGACCAAGAAGGGCAAGAAGAAGAAGACCGUUCACUGGGCUGAGGAGGAGCAGCUCAAACACUACUUCUACUUCGAUCUGGACGAGACCGAGAGAGUCAACGUCAACAAGAUUAAGGACUUUGGUGAGGCCGCCAAACGAGAGCUGAUGAUGGACAGGCAGACGUUUGAGAUGUCCCGCCGCCUCUCCCAUGACACCAUGGAGGAGAGGGUCCCCUGGACACCCCCGAGGCCCCUGGCGCUGACGGGCGGCCUGGUUAGCCCCGGGGCCAACAGCACAGAGAAACUGACCCAGAGAGACCGAGAGAUGGGCAUCCUGCAGGAGAUCUUCCUCACCAAAGACAGUGUGCCGGACUGUCCACAUGAACCAGAACCAGAGCCUUAUGAACCUAUGCCUCCCCGAGUCAUCCCUCUGGAUGAGCAGGACUCCUCUAUGAUGGAUGAUGGCUAUGUUGAGCCCAUGGACACUUCCCAGCAGGGCUCUGCCAUGGCCCAGACCGAGAGCUCCAAGCUGCCGCCUGUCCUCGCCAACCUCAUGGGCAACCUGAGCGGCAGCUCUCGCAGCCCACAAGCCACAAACACCGUCAGCCCUGUGGCUCCCACUGUCAACGUGCAGGAGCUGCUCUCCUCCAUCAUGGGUGCCUCUGGUAACCAAUCUACUGAAGACUUGAUCAAGCAGCCCAACUUCUCCGACAAGAUUAAACAGCUGCUGGGCUCCCUGCAGCAGACGCAGAACCAGAACCAGAACCAGAGUGGACCUCCACCAGUCAACCAGGGUUUGCUGGGCCACGGUCCAGGCAUGAACAAUAUGAACAACAUGAACAUGCACAUGCAGAUGCCCAUGAACGGCGGCUACCCACCCAACAACCCGCCCGGCGCUCCUCGCUUCAACCACCCUCCACCCCCUCACAACCACGGCCCACCUUUCAACAGCGGCGGAGGUCCGCGCAUGAUGGGGCCGCCGCCGGGCCAGGGCCGAGGAGACAAUGGUAACUACUGGGGAGAUGACUCCAUGAGAGGAGGGCCUCACAGAGGGGGCCACUUCCACCGAGGGGGAGGGGGACGGGGACGAGGAGGAGGAGGAGGAGGAGGAGGAGAGCCAGGAUUCAGGGGCCGCGGGCGAGGGGGGCCCCGAGGAGGACACAACAACAUGAAUGACAUGUCCAAGAGGCCUGUGUGUCGUCACUUCAUGAUGAAAGGAAGCUGUAGGUACGAGAGCAACUGUGCUUUCUACCACCCUGGUGUAAACGGACCUCCACUGCCCCCCAACCACCCCGCUAACAACCAACACAACCAGCACCCACAGCAUGGACACUAGCCUGGGAACAACUCUGAGAUGUGUUGGCCUCUGGAAGAGCCGUUCUUUGUGAUCAAACCCCUGCAGUGCUGUUACACACACAGGCAGAGAGACUCAUUCUGCAGGUGACUGAGCUCUGCCUCACCUGACACACACAGAGAGACAGAGACAGAGAGAGAGAGAGAGAGAGAGAGAGAGAGAGAGAGAGAGAGAGAGAGAGAGAGAGGAUCACUGAUGGGACUGUGUGUUUUUAUUGGGAUCAUUUUUAACAGUGAGACUGAAACAAGCCACCACACCUGACCACUAUGUCUGAGUUGCUGCAGCUAGCUGCCUAUCUGCUCUGUCACUUUGCACACCAUUAACGUGGUCGACCAAAUGGAAGUGUCCUACUCAGCAGAAAGCUUUCCACAAAACUGAACACCCUUCUUAUUGUGGCUGUUGUGCUGUGCACCUACAUGUGGUACUGCUUUCAUAUUCCCUUCAUGGGCUAGGUUUGUACAGAAGAGUCGGAAACCUUUUCCCUUCUUACAUCAUUCUUAAAUGUGACACAACAAUUUAGGAAGCACUUUAUAAAGAAAAAGUCCAACAGAAUUUAGCCACAGCUAUGAUUUCUUAAAACUGGGCCUAAGAAAGAACUGCACAGUAUUUAAACUGCUUUAUUUGCUUGAUCAUGACAAACCUUCUAAAUGAACUCUGCUGACCUGGUGAGGUUCUUCCUGCAGCUGGGAUUGAAUGUGAGGAGAUUUUGAAGAAGAACAGCAGCAGUGUGUGUUAUCAUAUGUAAGCGUUCCCUUACUCAGCACUCAGGUUCAGUCAGAGCGUCAGCUGGAUGUGUGUGUGUGUGUGUGUGUGUGUGUGUGUGUGUGAGACAUAAUUUAAACAUGCCAUGAUCUUGUCAGAAGAGCAGCUUCUCCCUGGUCUCAGAGCUGCUGACAGUGUUAUCUGUGGGUCAGCCAUAUUGAAUGUUUUCUGUGAAAACAAUGACCUUUGUGUCUCUUGUGGGACAGUAAGAAUGUAAUGCUUUUUGUUGCUCCCUCCCCCAUCAAUGUUUUUUAUUUUGAUGCAAUCUUGAGAACAUUGGCCCUUUUUUAAGAUGGGUCCUGUAUAAAAUGAUUGUAUGAAUACAGAAUACACAUUCAUACAGUCAUAUUUUCCGUUGAAUUCUUUUGUACACAGUGUAUUGAAUAAACGUCCAAACGUAAA